CACUGUGUACUUUUUGCCUGGAGAAAACCUUGGACAAGAGAUAAGGCCGUUUCGAAAAACGUAUUUCUAGCAGCUCAUGCUUCCAGUCCACCAGUCGGGCCGUGGGGCUGUGUCACCAUCAUGAAAUACAUACUGUUUGUCGCCUUUGUUGGCGUGGCAGUUGCCUUCCCCGUCAACAAUGAUGAUGAUGAUGACAAGAUUGUCGGAGGCUACACCUGUGCAGCGAACUCCGUCCCAUUUCAGGUGUCCCUGAACAAUGGGUAUCACUUCUGUGGAGGCUCCCUGAUCAACAGCCAGUGGGUCUUGACAGCGGCUCACUGCUACAAGUAUCCCAUGCAAGUGCAGCUUGGGAAACAUAACCUGGCACUCAAAGAAUCGACACAGCAGGUGAUCAGAGCAUCUAAAAUCAUCCGUCACUCUGGUUUUGACUCCGACACACUGGACAAUGACAUUAUGCUCAUCAAACUCGCCACACCAGCCCAGCUCAACGACGCUGUACAAACAGUUUCUCUGCCCACCAGCUGCGUGACCGCAGGCACCGAAUGCCUCAUCUCUGGCUGGGGAAAAACACGCAGCAGUGGAAGUGCGUAUCCAGAUACCUUGCAGUGCCUGAACGCUCCUGUACUCUCCUCAAGUGCAUGCAGCAAUGCCUACCCUGGGGAUAUUACAGAUAACAUGAUAUGUGUAGGAUUCCUGGAGGGAGGAAAAGACUCCUGCCAGGAGGAUUCUGGCGGUCCAGUGGUCUGCAACGGGCAGCUCCAGGGCAUUGUUUCCUGGGGUCUUGGAUGUGCUCAGAAAGGCUACCCUGGGGUUUACACUAAGGUCUGCAAUUACAUCUCCUGGAUCGAGGCAACCAUUGCUGCCUAUUGAGACCCUCCCGUUCUACCUGACCUGCUUUUUCUCCUCAACUUUUUCUUCUGUUUUGGGACUGGGCAUACAAAAUUUAUGAAAAAAUAAACACUUUCAGGCA